UGGAAACGAUCGUACUAAAAUAUAAGACGCUGAAAUAGUAAGCGGAAGAUAUUUUGGAAAGAGGCUGAAACCAUGAACGUGGAAGAGGAAGUUGAGCGACUGAAAGAAGAAAUCAAGCGGCUUGGCAAGGUCCAAGACGAUGGUUCCUAUAAGGUCACAUUUGGCACGCUAUUUCAUGACGAUAGGUGUGCAAAUAUAUUCGAAGCACUGGUUGGGACACUGAGAGCAGGAAAGAAGCGGAAAGUUUUGACAUAUGAUGGUGAGCUACUGCUGCAAGGAGUCCACGACAACGUGGAAAUCACACUCAAACCCACUCCAGUUGCUGUGCCAGUGGCAACCGAUGCAGUUGCCAAGAGUUAAAUAAAAAAAUUGUGCUUGAUGAUGUUGUUUUGAAUUAAAUCUUCUUGUACUGGCUUGUGAUGUUGUGCAUUUGAUAUAAAUAUGUUUGCCCUUUUAUUUGAACUCGAUUGAAAAAUGAAAAUUGAAGUUCAAGUUUGUCAUCGUCA